GCCGAAGUGUAUAAGGUCAAUAUCCUCAUACCUAGAUCCAACUCCCAGCUCCAUAUCCCACUGCAUUUGUACUCUGUUCAUCAAGAGUGUACAGUGCAUGGAGAAGGACUGCCCUAUGGAGGAGGGUGAACCCUCUCACUCAGAUGAACCUGGGCCCUCAAGAACACACUCUGAGGUAGAGCCAGGCAAUGAGGAAGAAGAGGACGAAGAUAUGGUGACUCAAGUGAAUAAUUUCUUUGCCGAGCUGUCCAACGAUCAUGGCCGCAAGAGACGAAGACUGAUCGAGUCUGGUGCUAAUCUCCCCCGCAGAAAGAGUAUGCUUCCUUCUCACCUCAGUCAAGUGAUGGGUAACGCCAACCUGAGGCUGGCCACGGGUGAUCGGGCUGGAGCCAUUGAGCUCUGCAUGGAGAUCAUCCGACAAGCCCCUCAUGCAUCUGAGCCGUACCUGGCCCUGGCAACAGUGUACGAAGAUCUUGGUUACGACGAGAAGUUGCUCGGAAUCCUCAUGAUUGCCUCCCACCUCAAACGUUCUGAUUGUGACAUGUGGAUCAAGACUGGGAACCUGGCCGUGAAGCUCAAGGAUUUCCGCAUUGCCAUUCACUGCAUCAGCAAAGCUCUCAGACUCACCCCAACUGACACCACCCUCCUCUGGCAGAAGUCCACUCUUCACAGUGAGCUGGGUGAGCCUAGGAAGGCCCUGGACACUCUCCACUCUCUCCUCAAGGUUCUUCCACAAGACAACAGUCGGGAGUAUCUAGAGGUCACUAAAGAGAUGGCAAGACUCCACCACACCCUGGAGGAAACCCCUCAGGCCGUCUCUCUUCUUGGCCAGUUGUUGGACUCACACCACACACUGGUGGACGAGGAGGUUGUCAACCUAUUGUCUGAGCUGUGCAUACUCACCAAGGCCUACGAGCAAGCUUAUGAGGUAAUCACAGAUUACUACCGCAUGAUAACGCAAACGCAUCCUCCGGAAGAUGAACCCUCGUCACCGCCGCCAACGUCCGCUAGAGAUCACGUGACAUCACAUGACUCACCCCUCCUCUCAUUGACAGCCACCCUGAGAAUGUCCAUAGCUGGCGAUGAAAUGGAUGGAGUGUCUACUGACUUGAGUGAACCACAUAAAACACAUGUUCAUGGUCAGCUGCAUGUGCCUGAGGAGGUGCCUGUGGACUUGAGAGUCAAAUUGGCAGUAGCUAUGAUCUUCCUGGGGCAACCACUGCCUGAGGAGCUUCUGCAGCCGAUAUUCAACAGUCCUGAAGAGUAUGGAGACUUGUUCCUAGAUGUAACCGAUGCUCUCACUGAGUGUGGCGAGUACGCCCAGGCCUUGCCUCUCCUAACCUUGCUGGUGCACACACGGAAAUACUCUCAGGCUGGGGUGUGGCUAAAGCUGGCCGAGUGUCGGCACAUGCUCAGUGACCUGGAGGCAUCAGCUGCGGCCUAUUCCAAAGUCAUCUCCCUCGCUCCAAACCACACUGAGUCAAGACUCAAGUUGGCCACACUGUACGUCCAGCUGGGACAAUCUGACGAUGCCCUCACACUGUUGGAGACAGAGCCAGGCGGUGAAGAGGGUGCUGGUUAUCACCAUAGCGAUAUGACAACUGCCGAGUUUGACCCUCGAAGUGAGAUGGAAAUGAGAGAUAAAUCAUUGCAAGAUACUCGAGUGGUUCUGCACAGAUAUAACCUGUACUUGGGUAAGGGAGACACACCAGGCUACAGCAAGGCGGGCAAGACUCUCCUAGCAUUCUUCUUCAGGGACUUUUACUAUCGACAUGAGCUCAAAGAGAUGACCCAACUCAAACGGAUAAAGAUCAAGUUGGGGCUCGACCCUGAGAAAGGACGUACCUCUUCAGAGCUGAGGAGGGAGGAGAAGGAGAUGGAGUCACUGCUCACGGUGGAAGAGUGGUAUCAGACCUUUGUCACCACCUGCAAGGGGAUGUUCUCUCUUGGCCCCUCUAAUUACAACACGAUCGUGCAUUUGAUUUACUGUGCGUGCGUUGCCAGGAAGUUUUCUACGAGUGAAGUGAAUAAGAGGUUUCUAUUCUUCUGUGUAUCCAUAGCAAUGCUGAUUCAAGAUUACAGUACAGCAUUCUUAGUCCUCAAGAUUCUAGGAAACACUUAUCCAGAUUGCAAACACGUAUGGAGUAUUAUGAACACGCUACCUCUCGAUACUAAGGUCUACAAGUUCAUCCUCCGACAGUGUUUUAAGCACCAGUCCCACCCCUUCCUCACUCGAAUCCUCUCCGCUCACAAUCACGCUGGCGGCCAUUACAAAUUUGCCCUCUCGCAGUAUGUGGUCAAUUUUAACGAGAUUGAUGCCUCUAAUGACAAGUACCUGCUGAGUCUGUGUAUAGCCAUUGUGCUAAUCAACAUGACCUGUCAGGCUAGGACCAGCACUGCAGGAAAGAACUCUAACAUCACACAGGCAGCAGCGUUCCUACACAUGUAUAUGAAACUGAGGGGAGAGUGUCAAGAGACUAACUACAACCUGGGAAGGGCCUUUAAUCAGCUAGGUAUCCUACAUAUGGCUUGUCACUUCUACAAGAAAGUGCUGUCAUUGGAGCCAGAGUGCUCUCAUCCUAAAUGGAGAGAGGUGUCUGAUUUAAGGACUGAAGCAGCGUUCAACUUGUCACUUAUCUAUCGUGCCAGUGGUAACAAACAAAUGGCCUUACAAACACUCAGACAAUAUUGCAUACUUUGAUUGUCUACGUAAUAUCUGUGUUUUGUUUUCUCAACUGUCACUUUCAUUUAACCCAUAUAACACAACACACCAUAUAACACAACACACAUUA